GGCGGGAAGCAGGCGGGGCCGCGGCCCCUCACAGCCCUUCCGGGCCCGCUGGCGGCGGCGAUGGCGGGUCGAAAGUCGUCGAAGGAGAAGAAGAGGCGCCGGUCCCGUUCGUGCUGCCCCGAGGGGGCCGCGGGGCCGGACGGCGGCGAGAGGAAGCGGCGGAGCGCGGAGUCCGCCCGCGGCGCCCCCGAGGAAGAAAAAUGCAAUGUGCCAUCUGGAGAAAAAGUGGAAGAAGCUGAACAACCCAGUGAUGUAGAGGAAGGAGGAUUAGAUCUCAGUGUGUCACUCAAACCGGUUAGUUUCUACAUUGCGGACAAAAAAGAAAUGCUUCAACAGUGUUUCUGUGUCAUAGGGGAGAAGAAACUACAGAAGAUGCUGCCUGAUAUUUUAAAGAACUGUUCCAUGGAUGAAAUCAAAAGGCUUUGCUUGGAGCAGUUGGAGCUGUUAUCUGAAAAAAAACUUUUGAAGAUACUUGAAGGCAAGAGUGGAGCUGAUUCUGAUACUGACGAGGAUGGAGAUGGAGGAGACAAGACUGGAGGUGAAUCAGUCAGUCAUAUUGCAGGCCCCUGUCACCCGUGGUCCUCUCUGCAGCUGCUGGCUCUUAGACACACGCAGACCUCUCAUUUGGAAGAAUGGUUAGCUAUGGAGUUCCACAAGAAGGCAGGGCAGACUGGUGACCAGGUGCAGGGCUUUGCAAGGCAAGACAACAGUAUAGACUCUACUUCUUCCUUAAGAGAUGACAACAAACUGGAAGGUCAGGAAUCAAAACAAGGCAAAGGAGAAGAUAGCGAUGUCCUCAGCAUAAAUGCAGAUGCAUAUGAUAGUGAUAUAGAAGGCCCGUGCAAUGAAGAGGACGGCUCAGAUGUGCAAGAAAACACCAUCAGAAGUGGAACCGGUCAGAUAGAUGACCUUCAGAAGGACAUUGAGAAAAGCGUGAAUGAGAUACUGGGGUUGGCAGAAUCUAGCCCAAAGGAGUCCAAAACGGCAAGCGUAGCUGUUCCUCCAUCGGAAGGUGUUCAGCCAUCAGCACAGCAGCUGGAGCUCCUGGAGCUCGAGAUGAGGGCCAGAGCUAUUAAGGCUCUGAUGAAAGCUGGUGAUGUAAAAAAACAACCCUAAGGUUGCUUAGAUUAAAGCUUCAGUAUGUUUUGAAGAACGUUAUAUCUUUUCUCUUCAGUGCUAAAGUAUGUUUGGGUUGGGUAUGACAUUCCUCAUUCAGACUCCUACCGUGUAUCCCGACCUGCAGCUUAAGCCAGUGAUUGUUUUCAUUGCCUUUGGUGUGCUGCUUCCAUCGCUGGCACAGAUGGGCUGGUUCGAUGCUGCACUGAGCAGUGUCUUUGCUGUGUUAUCUCCUCGAGGAGGUACAAUGUACAGAGCUAUGCUGUGAACCUGGUGCCUUCAGGACAGGUUAGAAAAAUCAAGCUCGUUAUAACCCCAUGGUUAGAAAUUAACCAGUUAUUUUAUUUAUUAGCAACUUCUUAACUACUUGAGAAACUUGAUUUAUAUACGCUUCUUUAAAAAUGCCAUUUUGAAGAAUUUUUUGUGGUGUGACAGCCUUCAGCAUUCUGCAAGGUGCUCUGAGAUGCUUAUUUCUCCUUGAGGCCCAGCUCAUAGCAAUGUAAAUGUUCUAGUUAAGUUGAAUGAUGAUUUAUUUUGAGAAAGUUAAAGGCAUGGUUAAUUUUAAAAAAGCUAAUUUGUUAGAGUGUUUUUUUUGUUUUAAUAAACAGUUAAGCUGUUAUUUUCAGAGAAAGUGCCUGAAAGUGACAAAUACCAGGGUUUUUAUAUUGCUGGUUGUCUAAUUGUUACUCUCCUCCACUGUUUGUCUUCUGUGUCACAACUGAAAUAAAGAAAAUGGAGUUUUUUCUUGA